ACCUAUUUAGUUGCAAUACGAUGAAAUAUAAGUUACGGUUUCUAAGUUUGAUCUAAGUUCUGACUUAAUUUAAGUUUCUCGUGUUAUUUAUUCGAGACUGAUGAAUUUUCGAGUGUUAAGUUUUUUAAUUAAAAUAUGAUACUGAACAGGAAUUAUUCUACAAGUUGAUGCUGGCAUGGACGAAGCGGAUAGACGCCGGACUUCCAUCCGCCUGGAUCCAACAUACAGACUAUAGAUGCGGUAGGCAUAUCGAAAGAACUCUGGAACAAAGGCCUGGCAAUAAUGAACUCGACGGAAGCGAGCCUCGACGUCAACAGAUCAACGCCUAUAUACACUAUAGGCACGAACUUCAUAACACAGUGGAAACUACAGAAGUUGAAGCAACGUUCGUGCGUCGCCAGUUCAACUUAUCCUGAAUGCCAAGGAUACUUGAUAAGUAACGCUACCAACUACACCGACGUCUACUUCCUCAAUGGUACUUUGGAUGACACUAUUGAUUUGCAACCCGUCUUACCACCAUUUCCACUCUGGUUGGCUGUGAUCAUAGCAACCUGCCUGGUGUUGGUCAUCCUGCUAACUGUGAGUGGCAAUGUGCUAGUACUCCUCGCCUUUCUGGUAGACAGAACUAUACGCCAGCCGAGUAACUAUUUUAUAGCAUCACUUGCUGCCACUGAUCUACUUAUAGGUACAUUAUCGCUCCCCUUUUACACAGAUUAUGUCUUGAAAGGGUACUGGCAUUUAGGACCUUUAUUAUGUGACCUUUGGCUAUCCGUUGAUUAUACAGUAUGUUUAGUCUCGCAAUACACCGUUCUGCUAAUAACUGUAGAUCGAUUUUGUAGUGUUAAAAUAGCUGCCAGAUACAGAGCGUGGCGGACAAAAAAUCGAGUAAUAUGGAUGGUCACGGUAACUUGGAUAAUACCAGCAUUACUAUUUUUCACAACUAUUUUUGGAUGGGAACACUUUGUCGGUUAUAGAGACCUGCAAGAAGGCGAGUGUGCUGUGCAAUUUUUGAAAGAUCCCAUUUUUAAUACUGCUUUAAUUAUAGGAUAUUAUUGGACAACACUAUUUGUAUUAAUCGUAUUGUACGCUGGUAUUUUUAAAACAGCGUAUGAUAUGCAGAAAAAAAGUGAAGCAAAACAGAGAAAGAUGCAAUCAAUGGUGGCUUUAAGCGCUGGUGUAAUGACUGGUAUGGCAGGAAGGGCUGCUGGGAUGGCAGCUCUAUCUAAAGCUACAAUAUCAAGCGAAGAUCAAAUCAAAGUUUCAGAAACGAUUCGAAAAGAUUCUACAUCAAAAGGAUCUCUACAAGCUCCGCUUCUCAAUUUAGGUGGUUCGACUGAUUCCAAUUCAAGUCAAAAAUCUUCAGCACAUAAAAGUAGCGCUACUGCAACUGGAACAUCUACAACUGUUGAAUCUGAUGGAGAUAAAAAAGAAGAUCAAGUAGAAGCAGAAAGAUCCAGCAGUCCAGCAUUUGAUUCCGAUGAUGAAAGUACAACUCAAUCCAACGUGAAGAAGCGACCUUCUGUUGCCAACUUAGUCAUGCAAACAGGUGCAUUACAAUUGCUUAAUAAUAUGCGUUUAAAUGGUAACAUGCUUAUUAAACCUGAUAUUAAGCAAUCGCCCCUUAUGAAAAAUGAAACUGAAAAACCGAAGUCAUCGCUUUCGCAAAUAUCAGAGAAAAGCCUUCUCGAUACAGAAAAUCCCGAUACCACGCAAAGUAAUGGACAAACACCAGCAGUAAGUGUUCCUCUAUCUUCCGUAAGCUUUAUGUCCCCUUCAUCGUCGGGGAUAGCUACACCGUCUGAAAGAGAAGUAUCAACUACAAUCGCUCAAAGAAUCAUCCCUCCACCAUCAGAAUUUAGGGGUAGUCCAUCCGUGUCCGAUAGUCCACCGUCUCAAUCGGAAUCAUCCAGAGCUAAAAACUUUAAAUCAAUAAAAUGUGAUGGUACUUAUUCUGAUGUGCUAUUAGGUCUGGAUGGUGCUGACUUAAGGUACAUGGAUGAAAGUUCAGUCAUUGUUCCUUCACCUACAAACGAAAGUCCUCCAUCUUCAAUCACAUUUCCAACAGCUACAGAACCAUCAUCUCCUCCUACAUUCAAUUCGGGUAAUAUAACAAAUACUUCCUUAUUACAGGCUGCUCUCAUACGAGCAACAGCUGAAGCUCAAGUAACACAACCCAAAACAAAUUUAUCUCCUCCACCACCUAUAAAAGUUAACACCGAGGUAAGUUUGACUACUGGAGAGCGUUCGAAACCUAUUAUAACCCUUGUAUCUUCGUCUUCCAAUAAUAAUGAUGGCCAAUCUUUAAAACCAUCCGAAAGUAAAACAUCAAAAAUAAAGUUAAAUGAUACGCCAGCAAUUGAAAAUAGUGAUAUUUCUAGUUCAGCCGUAAGUGGGGUGGGCCGAGGAGAUUCGAGAAAAGACUUUGUUAAGAAUAUAGGAAAGAAAUUAAAAGUUAAACGUUCAAAGCGGGAUGGAUUAUUUCCUAGUAUCGGUCGGCAAAAGUCUAAAUCAGAAAAUCGAGCAAGGAAAGCAUUUCGGACGAUUUCCUUUAUAUUAGGCGCGUUCGUUGUUUGUUGGACCCCAUAUCACGUCUUAGCUUUAGUUGAAGGUUUUUGUACAGAUCCUCCAUGUAUUAAUCAACACUUGUAUAUGUUCUCGUAUUUCUUAUGCUACGCCAACAGCCCUAUAAACCCUUUCUGCUACGCAUUGGCUAACCAACAAUUCAAGAAGACUUUCACGAGACUUCUCCGGGGCGAUUUUCAUAUUACCUAGUCCAUGUAUGUUGGAUAUAAAAAUGCGUAAUUUGACGCUGUUGUAUAGCGUUAUAAUUGAAAACAUUACGCGCACAAUUUAUGUAGAAAUUAUAUCAAAUAGAUCGCUGAUUAUAAUAAGACAAUACUAAUCUAU